AUCCAUCAACAAGGAUGCUCCAACAACGGAUGGUGCUUCUACGCCCUCGGCGUGCCAGGGCAAUAGAAGGGACUCUUUCAUCAAUUCGUCGGUUUUCGGCUACGUAUUUACAAGCGAAAGAUUCCAAUCACUCCAAUGCGAAUGCAACCGAGGGUUCCGCAGCCUCUUCCGCCGCCGGACGUCCCAGUACGCAAACCAGAAGAAACAACAUUCCGCCGGCGAACCUGAACAUUCGGAGCGUCAACCAAGAACGACCUCGUCCCCGACGGAUAGUAGAUGCGAGAUCUCUCGCCGCCUCUCAAGCCACUGGCCAACCAGCAAACAUCCUUAAGAAUCCCAGGGCUCGCAAUCCUCGAGGCAACCGAUCCACCGCUUCUCGGGGCCCUAGAGCUGGGCCAAAGAAGAAGGUUCAAUCUAAAGAUGGGCGAGCUGGCCGUUCUCGACGCACCGAAAGGUCUGGCCAGGAAGAUUCAACAUCCAAUUCAGCAUUCCAUGAAGCCUCAAUCAACGCUGUCUUCCGAGAGCUCGCAGAACAAGCGGCGCCCAAGCCUGUCCAGUACAAUCCCGAGUCGAUCUCCUUAGCUUCACUGAAGGAAACAUGGCCAUCUCUACCCACCGACAUUGACGCUCAUACUGCUGGAGUCGUUGAGAAGCUGUCUCUAUUCGGCGAUCGCUACGCAAAUGAUUAUGUACCUCCAAAUGAGCUGGGCAAGCGACUUUAUCAGGGCAAAUUUGUCCGCUUUUCGAGUGAAGAGGAAAAAGCUGAGGCCAUCUCUGAAGCGAACAAGCUAUCGCAAGAACGCGCAGACAAGUUGUCCCAGCGAAAAGGCGAUCUUGUGGAACCACGUCAUGUCGACUUCAGUCCACUCAACACCAAGGACCAAGGCUCACUUCUUGGACUUCUUGUUCAGGGCAAUUAUCCUAAGUCUAAAGCCAAACAGGCGGACAACCUCUCAAUUGUUGACAGUGUCUCUGAAAACCUCAGAAACAAUGCAACGUAUCACACGGUCGGCAAAUCCUCUGCGUUCAUUGCGAAGUUGGACUCGCUUUUAGCCGCCAGUCGCAUGACAAAACGCGCCUGAGAACCUUGUUUUCUGAUACCAUCAGUAUCCUUACUAUGUACCUAUACUUUUGCAGCUUUUCAUGAUCCCUUGUUAUCCUUGUCAUUGUUUACAUUUAUGCCUUGCAAGUGACUGUAGAAUACAUUACUCUCUGAAAUAAGUUACAGAACUCGUGUUCAUAUCCCC